AUGUUCCUGAAGAAAUUACUGCAAUUACUUUUUACUUCCGGGUUACAGUUCAUAUAUCAAGCGAAUAUGAGCUAGCCGCCUUUUUGUUAACGCCAUUAGUUUAACUAAGAAGAAACAGGAGCUAUUUCGUCGGGAAACAUCACAACAACGGCUAAGGUUGUUUUAACUCUGUGGCCACAAUGCAUGGACCAUGAUAAUGACGUCUCAAACAAGGGAUGUGGAUGGGAAACUUUCUGCCAAAAGCUAACUGCAACUACAAGUCAUCCCUUAGCAACCCUACCUGGAGUUUUUUUCAUCACAUAAUCCAUCAUGUCAUUACCAAAGGAGUCAGGAAACCGGGGGAAAGGUCGAGAGAGAGGGGCCCGUCCCAAGGUGAGACAGAGCCGCUCAGAGGAGAGACGAGACGCGGGCAGUGUACGGAAAGGUGGAAAGGGAAAGAAAAAAGGCCUUUCUACCCAUGAACCAGCAGCUGAGAGGCCUGUCAGUGAUGGCUUUGAGUAUGGCGAGCUGUUGAGUGACAUCGAGACCAGGGACAGAUCGUCCUCCUCUUCUCUGAAGGAGAGUUGUAAAUGGCAGGGUUUGGAAGCUGCUGCCUCAUUACUAGGACAAGAACGGGUAACAGCCAGGCCAGUACUGGGAACAGUUAGCUCUGCUACAGAGAUGCCUGGUGAAUGUGAGGGUAGAGGGUCAAGCGGCAGCCGCACUCCCUGGCAAAAAAUCCAAGAUGCAAUGGGACAGUGUUUCCCAAUAAAGACGCACAGUCCAGCUGCUCCAGCACCAUCUCCACAGGCUCUUUCAUCAUCUGCCGCCUCUGCCUCCUCGAGGCGCCUGAUCCAUCUCAGUGAGUUGAUGUUGGAUGACUGCCCUUUCCCUGUAGGAUCAGAGCUGGCUCAGAAGUGGUAUCUCAUUAAGCAACACACAGGCCCCAUUACCCAGCCUCCCGUGCUUGAUCCUGCAGUAGUGUGCAGUGCACCAACCUUAGCCAUGGCUGCUGUGGUGGAGGACGUGGAUGACCGGUUGCGAGAGCGCAGGCGCAUCAGCAUCGAACAAGGCGUUGAGCCACCACCCAAUGCAGAGAUCCACACAUUUGAGGUGACGGCCCAAAUUAACCCCCUCUACAAGCAUGGCCCUAAACUGGCUCAUGGUAUGAAUGAGUUAGCCGGGGCCGACAGAGCCUCCGUACAUCAGCAACAGCAGCUUCUUCUCCAAAGACAGCAGCAGCACCAGCUCCUUCUACAGAGCUGUUUGGACACUCUGGAUGAGGUGGUUGCCUCAGCCUCAGCCUCUGCCUCAACGUCAGCAUCAGCCUCAGCCUCAGCCUCAGCCUCUGCCUCUGCCUCUGCCUCUGCCUCUGCCUCUGCCUCAACAUCAGCAUCAGCCUCUGUCCACACCUGUGAUACUAUCCCCAAUCCUCUGGUUGACCAGGAGGUUACAGCGACCAACGUGCCAUCUAAGGCUAUACUUCCUCCGCCCAAAGAUCACAAAUCUCACGAUGGCUACCGCAUUCACACUCAGAUUGAUUACAUUCACUGUUUAGUUCCAGACCUGCUACCGAUCACCAACCUCCCCUGUUACUGGGGGGUGAUGGACCGCUACGAGGCAGAGACGCUGCUGGAGGGUAAGCCCGAAGGCACUUUCCUGCUGCGUGACUCUGCACAGGAAGAAUACCUCUUCUCCGUUAGCUUCCGCCGCUACGGCCGCUCGCUACAUGCACGCAUUGAACAGUGGAACCACAAUUUUAGCUUUGACGUACACGACCCCAAUGUCUUUCACGCUCCCACAGUUACGGGGUUGCUGGAGCACUACAAGGACCCAAACUCGUGCAUGUUCUUUGAGCCCCUGCUGUCCAACCCCAUCCAUCGGAUACAGCCCUUCACCCUGCAACAAAUCUGCCGAGCGGUCACAAGCAGCUGCACUACCUAUGAUGGCAUUAACAUGCUUCCCAUUCCAACUGCUUUGAAAAAGCACCUGAAAGAAUACCACUAUAAGCAGAGAGUACGUGUACGGCCAAUGGAUACCUGGUGGGAAUGAAGAGCAACAACAAAAACAUAGUGACUAAAAAUAACUACUAAAUGCAUUUUUAACACUCCCCGAACUGAACAAUGAGUCUUGUCAUUCACUCGAUCUGGCUGUGUUAACCUACACGGCAAUGUACUUAUUUAUUUUAUUCCAGCUAUACAUGUCUUAACAAUUGUACUAAACAACACUGAUGAGACUGUUUUUGUAAUCUCACCGAUCUCACUCACUCAGAAGUUCUUUAUGCUCAAAUUAAACACACUUAUUUAGAUCUGUGUUAUUCAGAGAACUACCCUCGCACAUCUUCUGUGUUUUCAAGUGUGACUAAAUCAGCUUAAUUAUCUGACAAUGGGGGAAGGUGUCUGAGUGUGAAUCGAGAUGAUUGUAAUAGAGUUGUUCAUCAGUCACGUGCUGAGAAGGUGGAAUACAUACUGACAAGGUUUUCUUCUUGUAA